AGUUGAAGUGUGUGCUCUGUAUAUAAUAAUAAUAAAGAUAUACAAUAUAUACGAGAGUGUGAGUGAAAAUAACAGUUACUUUUAAUUCUGAGCAUCUCAAAGAAUGAUCACACUAUUCCUAUAAAAUGAAAUUGUUUUGGCUGGAAUCAAGUGUUUGAUAUAUGAGAAGGUGACAAAGAGAAAGGGGAGAUGAGGGGUUUACCUUUCAUUUUGGCAAGAGUUAAUAUAUUGACAACCUUUACUUUGGCCAAAAUGAAAGGUAUGACUUUCAUUCCUGCUCCCUCCUCGUCACCUCCUCAUAUAUCAAACACCUGAGGGGUCUCAUUUGUCUGUCCAUGUGAGAGAACCGGUGGAACAGGCUGACAUCAAUGAGAGGGGAUACAGUAAGUAGGUGAAAUCAGCAGCUCACCUGACCCACAGCCCGUUGAGAAAAGACAGAACGAGGGUGUGUAAUUCUAUGAAAAGACUUUAACUUUCACAGCUCUGACAUCCAAGACAGUGACAGACUGAGAAUAAGUUUUGAAGAAAUCAUUGAAUUUAUAGUGAAAUAUAGCAAAAUGUGGGCGAGGCCGCAGCCAAAGUGGCAUACAGUGUUUGUUUUGUUCCACAAAUGACUGAGCAUUUUUUUUUUGCCUGUAUCACCUGAGUUCAUCUAGCAACGCAGGUGUGUUGGAGGAGGGCACAGGAGGGCGUUUGGCAGCUCUGCAGACAGUGAGCUCAGUUUGAAGAUCUCCAACUUCACAGAGACAUCAUGCGCUCUCUUCUUCCUCUCCUCUACCUGCUCUCGGUCUGGACAGCAGGAGCGGGGGCGUCUGACCCAAACUUGCCCUUCAUGGACUACAUAGACAAUAACCAUAUGGUCUGCCUGAAAUGGGGCUUUGAUAACCUGCAAGGAAACAUUACACUCAAGUUCAUCGUCAACACAACAGGCUGGGUGGGCUUUGGCUUCAGUCCGAACGGAGGAAUGGCUGGAGCAGACAUCCUCAUGGGGGGAGUUGGACCCAAUGGAACCUACUUCUCAGAUCGUCAUGCCACAGGGAACUCCAUGCCGGUGGUGGAUGUCCAGCAGAGCUACACUCUCCUCUCUCUGAUUGAGAGUGAAGGUCAAACCAUCAUGACCGUUCAGAGGCCCAUUAAGGCGUGUGAUGCCCAAGACUUCGACAUCACUGUCAAGCCUGUUAAAAUUAUCUACGGCUACGGAGAAAAAGAUGAAUACAGCUACCACGGGGCCCGUAGAGGCACCAAGGAACUCAACCUGCUGAACUAUAUGCCCAGGACAACCUCAACCAACUCCAACUAUCUCAGCGCCACGGUGGACAAUAUCACUAUCCCUCAGAAUCAUACCUACUACCACUGCAAGGUCAUGAAGUUUCCAAACUUAGAUCCAAACACAAUAUAUCAUGUAUAUCAGUUUGAACCAGUGAUCGAGCACGUUGACAUUGUGCACCACAUGCUGCUGUACAGCUGCCCCCCCUUCGUGACGGAGCCAUACGACGGGUGGUGCUACAUGGGCAACCUGGGGGACCACUGCUACGGGGUGGUGGCUGCAUGGGGAGUGGGAGGAGGGGUGUUUGAGCUUCCAGAAAAUGUGGGUAUUCCUUUUGGAGGUGCGAACAGUAAAACAUUCUAUAGGCUGGAAAUCCACUACAAUAACAUAAACAAUGAAAAAGGUCGGACAGACAGCUCAGGACUGCGGCUGCACUAUACAGCCAAACUCCGGAAGUAUAAUGCGGGCAUCCUGAACACAGGUGUGUCGCCAGUUGGGAACUACGACAUCCCUCCGAAAGCCAAUCAAUUCCGCACCUACGGUGUGUGCAAUACCUCUCUCUUCUCACAGCUUGUGAAUCCUGUGCCUGAUCUGCAAGUGUUUGGUGUGAUGCUUCACACUCACUUGGUUGGGAGGAAAGUCAGAGUUGCCCAAUACAGAAAUGGAAAGCAGAUACACUUCGUGGCCCUGGAUGAGAACUACGACUUUGGGCUACAGCAGGGCACCCUUUUGGGAAAAAUCAAGACCAUAAAGCCAGGUGAUGAAAUUGCAGUGGAGUGCACCUACAGUACUACCAAUCGCACCAAUGUCACUCGGAUGGGGUUAGCAACUACUGAUGAGAUGUGCCUGGCCUUCCUCCUCUACUACCCUGCAAUCAAGGUCACCACAUGCCACAGCACCCCAACUGCAAUCACCACAAGUUACCUCAUGUCUGAAGACACCACAACUUCAGACCAGGAUAAAAUUGCUGAGCAGGAGAGUUUCAUAAAGAACCAUCCACACAUUCAGUACGCCGGUAAUGAAGAAGACAAAUACGUAUUUAACCCAAAUGGCACUGUCAGGGAGAUGAUGAAGACACCUACUGUCAAUUGUCAAUUUCCGGGCGCGGUGACCAGCGGCACUUCCUGGAUUGUGAACCCAGCAGGAAUCAUACUUCUGCUACUCUCGAUUGCAAUAAUGUAACGUGGUUGUAUGAGCAACAGAUCCAAACCACUGCAGUCGUGAUAAAGGAAGGCACAGUUGAUAAAAUCUCUAUUGUAUCCAACAGGGGUAUAUUCAACUUUACAGGACAGGCUCUAUAUUUUCAUAGCAUAGCUUUUCUCUUUGGUAUUGAUUAUUAAUCACAGAUCAGGUGUCAUAUCAUUAGUAACUGUCAUUGAUUUAUAUAUUGGGAUUUACAUUCCUGUCUUACUUUAAAGGGGCCGUGUGUAGCAUUUAGGGGGAUCUAUUGGCAGAAAUGUAAUAUAAUAUUAAUAAGUAUGUUUU